AUGGCAUCGUCGGAGAGGCGGUGCCACUACGAGGUCUUAGGUCUCGCACGCGACUGCUCACCCGAUGAGAUCCGCUCGGCUUACAAGAAGCUCGCUCUGCAGCGCCACCCGGACAAGCUCGUCCAAUCCGGCUUGUCCCAGGCCCAAGCCACGGCUCAGUUCCAGGAGCUGAGCCAGGCCUACGAGGUUCUCUCCGACCCUAAAGAGCGAGCCUGGUACGACUCUCACCGCUCCCAAAUCCUCUUCGCCGAUCCCAACUCCGCCAACUCGGUCCCGGACUCGGUCAUCCCCAACCUCUUCUCCUUCUUCUCCACCACCGUAUUCUCCGGCUACUCCGACUCCGGUCGCGGAUUCUACAAGGUCUACGCCGAUGUUUUCAAUAAAAUUUACGCCAACGAGCUCAGCUACGUUCGUAAAUUAGGGUUAGGGUUAGACACGAUGCGUGAAGCUCCGGCUAUGGGGAAUUUGGAAAGUCCCUACGCGCAGGUGACGGCGUUUUAUAACUACUGGUUGGGCUUUUGUACGGUGAUGGACUUUUUCUGGGUGGACCAGUAUGAUGUGAUGAGCGGCCCGAACCGGAAGGUGAGGAGGCUGAUGGAGGAGGAUAACAAGAAGCUGAGGAAGAAGGCGAAGAGAGAGUACAACGACACGGUGCGGGAGGGAGGAGGAGAGGGAGAGGAAGAGGGAAGAAGAGAGAGAAAGAAGAAGAAGUUGGAGAAGGAGAAAUUGGAGAGAGCUAUGGCGUAUGAGGAGCCAGAGUGGGCGAAAGUGGUUGAGGAAGAGGAAGGAGGAAAUGAGGUUGAGGAAAUGGAGGAAGAGGAGGAGGAGAGGAGGAGGAAGGAAUUGUAUUGUGUCGUAUGUGGGAAGAAGUUUAAGAGUGAGAAGCAGUGGAAGAAUCACGAGCAGUCGAAGAAGCACCGCGAUAAGGUUGCAGAGUUUAGGGAGUCAAUUGGGGAUGAAGAGUUUGAUGCUCGAGAGAUUUUGGAAGGAGAGGUUGAAGAAAGGGGUGAGGUGGAUGAUAUUGAUGGGGUUGAUACUGAUGAAUUAGGUGAGGGGAUUAGGGAAGGGUUGAAGAUUGGGGAGGAGGAAAAUGGGGUAGGAGUGAGUGAUAGGGAGGAUAAGUUUUAUGAAGUUGGUGAUGAAAAUGAGAGGGAAAAGGUUGAUGAGGCAGUUGGAUUGGAUGGAGAUGAUGGUGAAGAUGAGAUGGGUGUUCUGGAAGCAAUGUUGGCUGGCCGAAACAGUAGGAAAAAUGCAGCUUUGAGGGUUGAACAAGAGGAUUCCUUCGUGACUGAUAUUCAUGCGGAGAAUGAUGACAAUGAGGUAGAGUUUAUGGAAUAUGAUAACCGGAAGAGUACAAGAAGGAAAGGAGGAGCGAGGAAAGAUAGGAGUAAGAAGAGUAGUGGAGAAACUAAAAAGGUUGGUAGAAGUGAAAUUAAUAGUGAUCGGGGUGAGGAGCUUAAUGAACAUGAUAAUUCACAUAUAGAAGAAUCCGCAUCUCAUUCUUUUGUAAAAAAAGAGAGUAAUGAUAAAGGGGAUGAUCAGUUAGCAAGAAAGAAAAAGAGCUCAAGCCAACCUGUUGAUAAGAAAGAGAAUGUGAAGAAAGAGGCAAACAGCAAAUCAAAGAACUCAUCUAAAGGGAAGAAGGCUAAGGCAGCAUCAAAGAAUUCUAGCAAUCUGUGUGACACAUGCGGAGAGGAGUUCGACUCAAGAAACAAGUUACAUAAGCAUUUGGGUGAUACUGGACAUGCUAAGCUGAAGUGA